AUGAAGAAUUAUUGUGAUCUUCUUGCUACUGCUGGUCACAAGAUUUUAGACACAGAUCAUAUACUUGCUAUAAUGCAAGGUCUUGGAGAUGAAUACAAGUCUGUCAUUGUUGUUAUCUCCUCGAAAAAGUCUUCUCCUUCUCUUCAAUAUGUCACCUCGACUUUGAUUGCUCAUGAAGGAAAAAUUGCACACAAAAUCUCCUCUAAUGAUCUUUAUGUGAAUUACACCUCUCAGUAUUCUAAUAGAGGUUCUUCUUCCUCUUGGAAUUCUAAUGGCUACCCUUCUAGUAGUUUUCAGAAUAGGAAUCAAUUUGGAGGAAAUCAAAUGACUAAAGGGUCUUUUGUUCCUAAUAAAGGAAGAGGUCGUGGCAGAGCUCAAGGAGGAAUCAAACCUCAGUGUCAACUAUGCAAUAAAUUUGGUCAUAUUGUUCAUCGUUGCUUCUAUAGGUAUGAUCCAAAUUUCCAUGGGAAUAUGCCUGCUAAUGGACCUACUCCUGGUGUUUUAGGAAGUGGUGCAAGGAAUGGAGCAUCUAGUUCAAUUUCUAAUGUUGGAAAUGUCAAAUCUCAUUGA